AUGCAACUUGCUUGUACAUCUGCAUCGCAGGAGAGCUUCAUUGGUUCUAGAACAGGAAUAGUCUUUGAUGGUACUUUGGGAACCAAAAGAUUACUUCUACUUAUAUCCAAUUCCAUCGAGAAUUCUUCGUCGUCUGGAAUGCAGUCGGCAAUUCUGGUACCGUUGCACACAGCGGCAGCUGCGUUAGUUGUGGUGAUGCUAAAACAUUCGGCUUUCUGCACAUUUUGGCUAAGAGGUUUCGGCACAGUCGUUACUGGAGCAAUACCUGCUAGAAUUAUAUUUCUCACUGCGUUAGAGACUACAAAAGUGGCUUCUUUCAAGAUGAUGGAACCAUUCAAAUUAUCAGAGCCUACACAGGCAGCUAUAGCAAAUGGAAUGGCUGGGAUGUUAGGAUUUCUUUGUUCACAAGCCGUGUUUGUUCCAAUUGAUGUGAUUAGUCAAAGGUUGAUGAUGCAAGGAUAUUCAGGCCACGCUACUUCUAAUGGCGGCCUGGAUGUUGCUCGUAAGAUUUUAAAAUCUGAUGGAAUUCGGGGAUUUUAUAGAGGAUUUGGUCUAUCUGUUAUGACUUAUUCCCCAUCAAGUGCUGUAUGGUGGGCCAGUUAUGGCUCAAGCCAGCGCUUAAUUUGGAGCCUCUUACAUUAUGGCACUGAGCAUGAUGGACCUGCUCCAACUCAAGGGACCAUUAUGUUGGUUCAAGCUGGUGGAGGGAUUUUUGCUGGUGCUACAGCAUCCUGCAUCACAACCCCAUUGGAUACUAUCAAGACUCGUUUACAGCUUCUAUUCGAUCACGUCAUUAUGGCAGCUUAG